CGGGGGUUCGAGUUCGGAAACUCUCCUCAGGUUCCCUCCACCUCCGCCUCCAUCCCUACCCCACACCCCGCCUUUACAAAAUUAAUUAUCUCACUACGGUGCAUCGCCCAGAUGUCUCCGUUGUUUGCGAACAGCUUAACCCGGGAGGACCAGAUGGCCCUGUGCUAUUGCCGGUCUCGGUGUCUUUAUCGGAACUCCAAAGGACUAUGAUACCGGUAAAUUACUGCCUCUCCUAGGUUGCCACCAGUAAUCGUCGGAAAUGGCGGCAUCUCCCCACACAAAGCCUUCAAGACCUUAGUUUAGCCUCCACUUUCUCCUCGCAUGUGAGCUACCGAAAUCCUCCUGAGCGGCAGUCUCCAGCGGGGUACAUUGAAACUUGCAGGAUCAGGAACCGGAAGCGUGAAGAUUUGUCCAUGUUGCAACGAUCGGCUCUGGUGAGGGACCUCUAGAGUCGGGAAGGCGGACAUUGGUCCGUGCUUAGUGCAAGUAUGUUAGUGUGCCGAGCCGAUCCUUAAUAUGGAUUAACCGAUUGGAAAAUGUCCAUCAAUCGUCUGUGCUAGGGAAAUUAACAGUGGUUAACAUGUCCUUGACACCCUCCUGCUCCGGCCAAAAUUUAGACCUACUUUUGAACCCAAUAUCUCUGUGAAAACCGGAGAUGUUUUUAUCCUCUCGCUAUCGAUAUGUGGGAAAUUGCCCACUUUAUCGUCUAAUAGAGCCAUAAUUCUCAUCAGGGUGGUUGUCGCAAAUCCUUUGGGGACUGGAGUUGAGCCGUAUUUUCCUGGUAGAAUUCUCGGGCUACAGACGUCCUUCACCAUAGACCAUUUCAUCACUCCGCACCCGACCGCGAGCGUGCACAUUCGCAUUGCACUUUGCAUAAUGCGCUCUGUAUGUGUUUUUAUAUUUUUAGGCUAUUGGAUGCUUUACCCCAUCCUUUGUAUGGUCAUUUUUUUCCCCCUUUGAAUGGUGGGGAGGUGGGGGAGAUGGGGUCGGGUGAUGGAGGAGGAAGUUGCUGAAGCCUUGUGAAUGGAGCUUUCGGUAUUAGUACGAAGGGAAUGGAGAGGAGUUGCUUCUUGCUAAAAACUAUUUCGCCCAUAUCGUAUCUCGGUACACAAAACGCCUUCUUUCCCUUUCCUUCCCUCUUCCUCUUCCUCCGAACCACACACCCCAUUUAUUGCGUCAGGGUUGAGUAAAGGUUAAGGACGGCUACUAUCAUUCUCAAUUGUCUUACCUGUCAUGGCCGAGAACCCGAUUGCGAGCACCGUCAACGGGGUGUCGAAGAACCCUCUACAACCAAAGAACUACGAAAUUGCCGGAACUCAUCCAGACAGCCGAAUUCUAUUCCGUGAUGUUCGUAUUCUGGAUUCCACUGGGAGGGAACCUUAUCCGGGUGAUGUUCUGAUUAAGGGUUCGUUUGCCCCUGUCCUGUUCUCUCCCUUGCCACCCCUCCCCCCAGCGCCAUAUAAUGUAAAAUGUAAAACUAACUGAGCACUCAUCACAGGAGAGCGUAUCGUGGAGGUCGGCACAGUAUCCAACAUCGAAUCGCUCAUUCGCGACCCAACAGUCCGGGUGUUCAACGGCCGCGGGAGAACAUUGAUGUCGGGGCUAUGCGAUGCCCACACCCACCUCACCUGGAACGGGGGUAACCUCAGCGCCCUUGCUGAGCUCGGUAUCGAAGAGCAUACCCUCCUUACCAUGCGCUCUGCCCAAUGUUUCCUUGACUCGGGGUACACCAUGUGCUGGGGCGCUGCCUCUGCGAAGCCGAGAUUGGAUGUUGUCAUCAGAGAUGCUAUCAACGCUGGCGAUAUCUAUGGGCCAAGGUAUUUGGCCAAUGGGCAGGAGCUCGCCAAGGUGGAUGGCGAUUUAGUCCCCGGAAUUACUGCGUAUGCGAAUAGCCCGGAGGAAAUUAGGGAAGUUAUUCGUGAGCAUGUUAAAAUCGGGGUGGAUCAGAUCAAGCUAAGUAUUUCUGGCGAAUCCGUAGGUUCACUCUUCCCUGAUCCUUUCUGGCGGAUUGCAAUGGUAAUGGGAGGGGAGGGGAGCUAGGUUACGGAAACUAGGGCUGCGACAGACUGCUAUUUCACUGCGGAAGACAUGGAAGCCGCCGUUGAUGAAGCGCACAAGCAUGGAAAACGUGUCUGCACGCACGCGCGUGCGAGGGAGUCUGUCAGGUUGAGCGUCUUGUAUGGCGUAGACGUCAUAUUUCACGCUAGCUACAUCGAUGAUGAAGGAAUGGACCUUCUGGAGAAGGCUAAGGAUAAGGUUGUUGUUGUCCCAGCGUUAAAUUGGCUGUAUGCUACGCGUGCGUCUAUUCUUACCCAUUCAGCAGAAUUAAACAUUGACAGCUAGCAGUUUAUGAAGCGGCAGCAUUCGGUUACCCCCAAGCAGCAGCCGAGAAAGCGGGCUACGGAGUCGAACUUGAAACCGCUAUCAAAGGGUUGAAAGAAAUGCGCCGCAGGGGGAUCACCGUUCUCCCCGGAGGGUAAGGCGGCCUUCUCCCCUGUCCCCCAUUCCCGCCUAUUAUUACCCUAUCUUUUGCUGAUACUCAUAACCUAGCGAUUAUGGCUUUGCCUGGACCCCCCACGGUACAUACGCCCGCGACCUCGAGCACUUUGUCAAACUCCUGGGGUUCACGCCUAUGGAAGCAAUUAUCGCCGCAACGGCUGAAGGAGGCAAACUCUUCAUGCGCGAGCACGAACUGGGCAAGAUCCAGCCAGGUUACUACGCGGAUUGCAUUCUUGUCAAUGGGGAUCCACUGGAGGACAUCACCAUCUUGCAGGACCAUUCGAAGCUGGAUGUCAUUGCAAUAAAUGGGAGAGUGCACAAAAGUAGUCCACUUGAGCACUACCGUCCUAUACCGAUUGCCGGGGAGGACGGAGGGGAGAAUGCCGUUGUUCCUGAUUUCAAGUUCUUGACAGUUGAGAGGAAGCCGCAGAUUGAUUUGUGAGGCGAUGGGGGGUGGGAGUUAACUGAUACCCGUUAUAGGAUAGUCCUCUUUUUUUUCUUCUUAUUCUCACAGAUUGGCCAUUCCGCAUCACUCUCUAGCACACCACAGUCUAUUUCAGGGAGAUGACUAUAUAUCCUGUAUUAUGGUAUCUGUGAGAAUUUGUGUAUUUAAGGGACCUGUUUGUCUCAACUGGGAAGUCGGAUAACUUGUUUUGCCGCUAAUACCAUAUUCUUUUAACUCCUGUUUAUCUGAAUUAACAAUAUCGG